AUGGGGAACAGUAACAGCAUUGAAUUUUGUCCAACACAUGGGCGUCACUGUCUGGGGCCCCUGUCCUUCCAUAAAGGGGUAUUGGGGACCCAGGUGUGUCUGAGUCUGGGAGGUAGGCGUGUGGAGAGGAACAGGGAGACCUUCCAGAAUGGUCUGACCUUCAGCAGUCGUCCAGUCAGGGUCCAGGAGAAGAUACAUCUGCGGGUGGAGUUUUGUGACCAGCACUGGAAUGGAGCUUUGCGGGUGGGAUUCACCUCCAUACCCCCCUCCUCCUGUGGGCCACUCUUCCCCCCUGCCAUGGCCAUCCCUGACCUCACCACCACCGAGCGGUACUGGGCAUCCCCCGUGCCCUCCAGCCUCAACAUGCCAGGGGCAGAGCUCCGCUUCUGGGUGACCCCUAAAGGGGUGCUGGUGUACGAGGGGCCAAAUCGUGUGAGGUACCUGCUCCUGAAGGGGGUGGAUGUGAGAAGCCCCCUCUGGGCUAUUAUAGAUGUCUACGGGCAGACCAGAGCUGUGCUCUUAUUGGGAUCAAAAAAAAAAAGAUGCAAUACGCGGAGGUCCUGCCCUGUCCCUCCUCCUCCCUCUGUGUCUUAUGAGGACAGCUGCAUGUGUGUGAACAAGGGUCAUCCCUGUUGCACCUCUCAGGGCAACAACCUCCCCACUGACCCUAUCAUUACCACACAGAUGGACUCCUCUGCAGUGCGCGUCACCGCCGAGUUCGGAAUCUGCCCGCUGUGUCGCCUGUCAAUCAGAUAG